GCAGGAACAGCUUCGGUGCACUGAUGGCUCGCCUCUCCUUCUCAGCAGUGGGCCUCCUGUCAGUGCUGGCUUUGGUGCUCAGUGCUGAGGCAAGAGGGACAAGGCCAAAUAUCCUGAUGAGGAAGAAGAGGUGGUGGAUCCCUCCUCCUGUUCAGCUCAUGGAAAACAUUGACCACAGCAAUAAGGAGUAUAUUGCCAAGAUUCGCUCUGAUGCAAACGAACGUGAGAUGGUGGAGUAUUUUCUCUCUGGAAAGGGAGCUGACGAAGAGCCCUUCCAUGUCUUUGUAGUGGACCGAAAUACGGGGUUUGUACGCGUCACUGGUACUCUGGACCGGGAGACAAUUCCAGUCUACAAUCUAUUAGGGGCAGCUAAAUACAGAAACGGAUCGCUUGCAGAUGAAAAGGUCACACUGACAGUUGAAGUCCUGGACCAGAAUGACAACCCUCCUUAUAUUGAGGCCCAAGAUGGAUACAUCCCAGAGUUUUGCAAAAAAGGAAGCGUUGUUAUGCAGAUCCAAGGGAAAGAUAAGGACAAACCUGGAACUGAUAACAGUGAGAUUGCCUACAGCAUCGUGAGUCAGGAGCCCGCAGGCACCGGUCACAUGUUUGCGAUAGACAGUAAGACGGGCCAACUGUACGUCAAAGAGGAAACCCUGGACAGAGAGACUAUUGACUUCUACAAACUGGUCAUAGAGGGGACUGAUAUGGGAGGGCGACCCGGGGGGAAAACGGGGACAGGAACAGUGGAGAUCAGACUCCUGGACAUCAAUGACAACCUCCCCACCCUGGAAAAAUCUGAGUACGAUGGGGAAGUGGAGGAAAAUGUUGCCAAUGUAGUUGUGAUGAGAAUCAAAGCUCUGGAUAAAGACCUUCCAUACUCAGAAAACUGGCUGACUGUCUUCACAAUCGCCACAGGAAAUGAGGAUAAUCUGUUUUCAAUUGAGACAGACAAGGAAACCAAUGAGGGCGUCUUGAAGCUGAUUAAGCCUGUGGAUUUUGAGGAACUCCAGAAUCUUGAGCUUGGCCUGAUCAUUGAGAAUGAAACUCCUUUUGUGGAUGGUGAUCCAAUAGUAAUGGAUGUGGGCGUCCAGAUUGGAGAGGGUAAUCCUAUGGCAACUGGAGGUGGAGGUGGAGGUGGAGGCGGCGGCGGAGGUGGAGGCGGAGGUGGAGGCGGAGGCGGAGUUGGCGGCGGAGGCGGAGGCGGAGGCGGAGUUGGCGGCGGAGGCGGAGGUGGAGGUGGAGGUGGAGCGGGACCUGGUGUGGGACCUGGAGUGGGUCCUGCACCUGGGGUUAAGCCGGGUCGUGGGCCUGGAGGAGUUUAUGUAUCCAAGCAAGGUGUCAAACCAGGAACAAAGCCUAAGCCAAGUGCACCGGCAAAGAGCUAUCCAAUUAAGAUAGCAGUGAAAAAUGUUCCAGAGGGUCCAAAAUUCAGACCCAAGACCAAGAAUGUUCCUGUAUCAGAAGAUCCAAAGAAGGUACCUAUAGAUGGAGUGAUCACAGUGUUUGCUGCUGUCGAUCCAGACACAGGGCUACCAGCUGAAGACGUCACUUAUGCCAAAGGCAUAGAUCCAGAGAACUGGUUUACCAUCAAUGAAGAAACAGCUGAGGUUAAACUCCGCAAAGCACCGGAUAGAGAGUCACCUUUUGUGGUGAAUGGUACCUACAUUGCCACAGUUCUGGUCAUCACCAAUGACAUGCCAUCAAAGACCGCUACAGGAACAAUAGCCAUUCAAGUCCUUGACUCCAACGACCACUGUCCCACUCUGACCACCACCCACAGCACCCAGUGCACUGAUGAAACAACUGUCUAUGUUACUGCAUUUGAUGAGGAUGCUAAUCCCAACGGGGCUCCAUUCACAUUCAGAGUCAUACCUGAUGGAACACGAGGCAGCUGGGACGUAGAAGUCGUCAAUGAGACCAGUGCCGCGCUUCACUUUCGUGAUACGCUCUGGCCUGGCUUAUAUGAAGUUCAGGUGGAGGUGUUGGAUGCUCAGGGUCUGUCAUGCCCGACCAAUGACAUUUUUACCGUGGACGUUUGUACCUGUGUGGAAACAAAUGACUGCAGGUUAAAGAGCUCAGUUGAAGAAGAAGGAGGAGAAGGAACAUCUUCAACUGAGCUCUCUGCCCCAGCCAUCGGCCUCCUGCUAACAGCAAUGUGCUUAUUCCUGUUUAUUCCUCUUCUCAUGCUGUUCUGUCAGUGUGGAGCAGAACCUUUUCCUGACAGUUUUCGUGACAUGCCAUGGGAGACCAAAGAACAACUCAUAUCUUACCACACUGAAUGCAGAGGCGAGGAUAAGGAAGUACCACUUCAUAGUAUACCUGCCAUGUUGGCUUCCCAAAUGAAAGUGGGGGCAGCCCCAGGAACACACUUCAAUGGCACUACUACACAAAUCAGAGGAACUAACCAGACAACUACAAUAUAUGAUGAAUAUGAGCAGAAUUAUCAGGACACCAAGCAAAGUGGGAUGGAGUUUGACAAUACCAGCAGGUUUUCAAGAGAAUGGUUCGACCAUGUUGAUAGCAGUGGUACAAUCAACAGAAAAACACAGUAUGCGGAUAUAGCCUUAUCUGACGAUUUCCUCAAUGAAUACUACUCACAGAAAGCGAUGUGUGCUUUGCCUGCGAAGGACUGUUCUUUGGAGUAUCAUUUUAUGGGCCAGGGUUCCUCUGCUGGAUCGGUGGGCUGCCCCAGCCUUCUUGAGACUGACAACGACCUGCAAUUCCUUGAUGACCUUGGGCCAAAAUUCAAGACUCUGUCUGACAUCUGUUCCCCUCCUAAACCAAAACCCAAACCUUCCCUGACACACAACAUAGUAGGGGCUGUUAAAACCACAGUUAAUCUGGUUGAACCUGAGGUUAGGCCCAAUGUUGAGCAAAUGGUUGAAACAGAGCAUACUGAUGUCAACAAAGAGACAGUCAUGUCAUCUACUAACAUCUCCAAAUCAUCCGUCAAUACUGUAAGCACUGCCCAUCAAUACAUGACACUUCCUAACUCUAAGGUUACUAACAUCAGUCAUUCCACCACUCUGCCCCCUCAAGCUCAAUAUUCUGCCACUCUGCCCCCUCAAGCUCAUUAUUCUGCCACUCUGCCCCCUCAAGCUCAUACAGUUUUCAUACAGCCGCAGCCAGUUUAUUACAACACCAGCCCUGUACCACAGCCCAUGCACUAUGUAGUUCAACCACAGCUACAGAACAUGGUAAUGAUGGUGGAGGGAGCCCAUGGCUUUUAUGUAGUGAGGGGAACCCAGAGUCCUUCUUCAGGACUCGUAAUGAGUGGAUCCCAAGGCUCUCCUCCUGGGCUAGUGAUUCAGGGCAUUGAGGGCCCAAAAAGCCCUGCCAGUCCAGUUAGCCCCACCUUCUUUCUACCUAGUAGUCCAGGUGUGUCUGCAGGCUCAGGCCCUGUAAAGGGUUGGAAAAUUAAAGGGCCAAAUCCUGAUGGUAAAUGUAAGCUGGUUAAGAACAAGAGUAGACCAGAUGAUGCAGGUGAGGUUGACCCAGGCUCAUCUCAGGGCAAUUUGCCCAGAUGUGCAAUCCUGGUAAAAGAGGCUGCUCCCCCUCAGGGGGUGUUAGACCUAGCAGCCCAGGGGAGUGUGUUGUGGCGAUCCAGUACUCACACAACAGGAAAGAAUGAAACAGAGAGGAAUCAAUGAAACACAAACACAGAAAUAGUUGAGAUUAAUCAUUAUUAUUUAGUUGCGCACCACCAAACAACAAUGGGGAAACAUUACCUUGCUUCAACAGCAACCAAUCGCAGAAAUGCUCCCACGAACAGAAAGAUCUCAUGUCCUUUAUGCAUGCAAAACACACACGAACAUACACUUGAAACAGCAUACGUGGCAGAGAUGUUCCAACCUUAUACAGUCAUACAUGUUGCAACCUCUGAGUUCUACAUGAUCCCAGAGUUCAUGACCUUAUUUAGCACCUACCACACAUCCCAAUGUAUACAACUGCUGGUGAAAAGUUUCAGCUGGUUGCCUAUAUAUGGGCCAUUUUCCAGCAAACCAAAUGAACAACACACAUUCCACUAUACUAUAGCUUAUUAUAACCAUGUGACAUUAAUGAAUAUAGCAGAAAUACGCUGUAAGAAACAUUCUGCUAUAACAAGUGUGUAUGGCAUUCUGCCAGGACACGCUGUUGCAAAGAGGGGGGGUGCUGUUGCAGUAAAUAGCAAUUUGGGGCAAACAUGGGUUGGGCAGCCAGGAGUGAUGGGGUUAGUGCCGGUAACAGCUUUUGGAAUUGGUGUCGGGAAACCAGGAAUGGGAAUGGCACAUGUGAAACCAGAAGUCAGACAGGUUGGAAUGUGGCAACCUGAGAUGACUCAAGUUGGCAUUAGGCAGGUCAGUACAAACCAGUACCAAGAAAUUACGCAGUUGCAGCAAACAGCAGAUACCAGUGGUAUUCUAAAAGUAUCAGGAAUUAAUUCACCAAAGGAAGACAAGACUACUGCAGUUGUAAAUACCAUAAUUUCAGUUGAAACAGAUAAAACCCAGCCAUCAAACGAAGAGGUUUUGAAAAAGAAAGUGUUGAAGGAUACGGCCCAGAACAUGCAUUAUAAUAUAAUUGAAGAAAAACAUGAUGAAAUCACCUACACAUCAAUAUGUGACAAAACAUCAGAGGAUGAAGAGCCUGGUAGGAUGGUCCAAAUUUUGCAAUCUGACAAAGUGGCACGGAAAGUAGGUGGUCAAAUUGAUGAUAUUUUGCCCAAUGAUUUUGAUAUAAUUACUGAUGCUCCAACAAACACAUUUACAGAUAUGGUUAAUCAAACAAAAGAAUCCAGUGAGCCACAACAAAAUGCAGAGGAAGGAGAAUCAGAACAGCAAGAAUAUAAUUUUCCUGCUCAAGGUCUUUCAAAUAAAGAUAUAACUCUAGUCACUCAAAUGCCAACCACAGAAGUGUGCCAGCCAGGAUCGCAUGCCAUUGAUUUAGUUAAUACAGAAAGAGAGAAUAUAGAGACAUCAACAAUUCCCCAAGCAGAGGAAUGCUCUCCUACUUUAGACAAUAUCAACAUUGUAGAAGAUCAAAUACAAGAUAUCACAGAAGUAAAUGUGGGCAGGAGGGAAGAUGCAUCUUUGAAAGAAGAAGAAUUUGAAGAAGGAAAAGCUGUUGAUCUCACCAUAGUUGAAGGUCCAGAGGACAAAAGUCAGGAAGUUGGUUCAGAAGACCAAAUUGCCAGGGAUCUGGAGGAGGAUGUAUUUUCAGUGGAGGAAGUUGUUUCAGACAUAGAAACAGAUCAGGCCAUUGAAACCUCUGAUAGUAUUCAGGAAAACGUGAAUAUGGAGGAAAUGACUACCAACACAUGAAGACAUUAAGACUGAGGAAGAGCAACUGUCAUAUUGUUAUCGGGGACUCUGUAUUAUGGAUGACAAAUUGUUCGCAACUCUUUCAAAUGAGUUUUCAGAAGUGACUCUGAAAGCGUCUAUAGAAAGGUUUAACCUUGAUCAAGAAUCAGUGCCAGUUCCACAGUAUGGUCACAAUAAAGGGAUUGUGAUAGACAAACGUCAUUCAAAGACAGAUAGUGCUGAUGCUGAAGCAAUAACAUCAUCCCAAACGGUCAGCAUUGUUUUUACGAGCCCACAAUGUUGUUGAAGAAGAGCUGUCACCUGUACAUCAAAUCUCAGAUGAAGACAGUGAAAAGGAAGAUGCAUUGAACCUAGUUAAUCAAGUGGAGUAUAAGCUCAUCUCAGAUGACAGUGUGAUUGAUGGAGGGAAAGAGGCACCAUUCUUACAACAAAACAAAUGUAUUUUUUAAUUCCAAGAUGAAGAGAGUGAAAGAGAUGCACCGGGUACAAGUUCUCACGUAGAGGAAGAAAAGAGGAAGUCAAAAAGCAGAGAUGAAGCAGGUGGCAGCAUUGUCCAAAGUGAUUGAAACUCUAGAAAUACCUUUUGAGGUUACUACACAUAAAGUCUUGCAAGGGGUUGACUCUUCUCAAAUAGAAGACAUACCUUUUGACCGUGAUUAGAGACACUAUUGUGUUGGUUAAUCAUUAGUGAUGGGUACUUACAUCGAGAAUUGAUAUGAUAUUGUUACAUCUUCUGAUCAAAUUAGAUUGUUCAGGGUGAUAACAGGACAGGUUUCUAUGUCCAUAAGAUUUUUGAAUCUGGACAAGCAUCUAAGGGUGAAACAGUUUAACGCAUUCCUUUUAGAAUUAAAAAGGGGGAGGUUGGGAUCUACCUUUGGGGCAAUGCAGAGGGUACUUUUAGGUGCCGGGUUCAGAACUUGGAUGAGCCUCGAUUUGAAACAGCCCAUAGAUGAUAGAUAUUAUAGAUAGUUAGUAUUAUGGAAGGAAAGAGUGUGUUUUUGCUCAUGAAUUUGGUCGUCACCAAUUGUUGGGGGCUUGGCUUGGUCAGAGUCCAAGGCUGUUUUUUCGGCCACAGUCCUGUUGGCUACAUGUUUAACAGGGUCAGACAAUUCAGAGUUGGGACCUGAGGCUUACAUUCAGGCCUUAUUUUAGGAAAGUGAUCACAACAAAGUAAUUGCUUGAUACAGUAUAUUGUUGCUGCUUAACUGAUGACAGGGAAUGUCCCGUCAGGCCCUAACAUCAGAUUUUAGCUUUUUGUUGCAGUGGCAGAAAGUAGAGCAAAUAACGUGUUAAGGCCAACACCCAUUCAAAAAUGUCACCACAUAUGCAAACUAUGUGAGCCCAGACAAUAGUAGUGUCUUGAUAACCUGACCUAGAUAGCUUGAACUAGCAAUGAUUUAAGUUAUCUGUUGUAAUUCCAAUUGUUGAUGUGCGUCAAAAAUGUAAAAAAGCACCAUCCAUUUUACUAUUGCAUAACAGCCUUUAUUAUUUUUGUACUGAUAGGGUAAGUAGGCUGUGUUUUUCCACAGUUUUAAUCUUAUUCACACACCUGCAUUCUAUACAUUUAUAUACAUUGUUUUAAAAAUACUUAAAAAAACAGGCACCUCAGAAAAAACUUUCAAACACUUUUAUUGCGACACUUUUGAAUGACGGUGUGUGAAUCAGAACCAUAGCCUGUAAAUAUAAUCAUGCCAAAGAAGGUUGUUGAAAGUAACCUAUCAGUGGAGGAAGAUGGUGUUGUCUCUUGAAGCCCCGUCUACAAAGUCACAUUUGUGCAUCUGGAGCAGAAAUGCUCCUUUAUAACUGUUCUCUGUGAGCUCGUAUCAAGUGCACCCACGUGGUUUUCAUGUGCGUUUUCUUAUAAAUAAAUACCUUCUCUUCCCUUUA